AUGGCUGAGAAUGAUCCCAGCUCAGAGCAGGAGCCUAAUCCAUCCCUCCUUGGAAGAUCUAAAAGUUUAUCAUGUAAUGCCUUACUUCCAGGGCUGCAGGAAAAGGGAAAAGGCGUCUUGUCCAGUCCUCUCCAGGAGGCGAUCCGGCCACGCUGCCCUCAGCGAGUCCUUCUACUGCUCAAUGGAUCUCCUCUGGAGCAGAGAAUUUUCUCCCAGCACAAGCAAGCACUUGAAUGGGUGAAGGUGUGGGUGCUGAGACCAUGCUUGAAGAUAGAAGCUACAAUCUCUGAAGCGGAAGGAGUUCCUUCCAAGGAAGGGCAAAGGGCACAAGCCAUGGAGCGUCCCCAAGUUGUCCUUUCCUAUGUCACAGGCAGUGAAGAGAUGCUGUUGAGCCGUCAUCUUUUCAGAGGUGUGGAAGCAGCUGCUGCCCCUCCAGUCCAGUGUCCCUUUUCCUUUGAGGAGGUGUCCGUCUAUUUCACAGAGGCAGAAUGGGCCCUGCUGGAUCUGGGACAAAGAGCUCUGUACAGGGAAGUCAUGCUGGAGAACUAUGAGAAUGUGGCCUUUCUGGUCACAGGCAGUGAAGAGAUGCUGUUGAGCUGUCAUCUUUUCAGAGGUGUGGAAGCAGCUGCUGCCCCUCCAGUCCAGUGUCCCUUUUCCUUUGAGGAGGUGUCCGUCUAUUUCACGGAGGCAGAAUGGGCCCUGCUGGAUCUGGGACAAAGAGCUCUGUACAGGGAAGUCAUGCUGGAGAACUACGGCCAUGUGGCCUUUCUGGUCACAGGCAGUGAAGAGAUGCUGUUGAGCUGUCAUCUUUUCAGAGGUGUGGAAGCAGCUGCUGCCCCUCCAGUCCAGUGUCCCUUUUCCUUUGAGGAGGUGUCCGUCUAUUUCACGGAGGCAGAAUGGGCCCUGCUGGAUCUGGGACAAAGAGCUCUGUACAGGGAAGUCAUGCUGGAGAACUACGGCCAUGUGGCCUUUCUGGCCAGAAGUAUAAGAGAGACUAUGGUGGAGAAAGACAAUGGCUUUGCAUCCAAAGAAAAACUGGAGAGUUUCUCAAGAGGAUCCCAAGAGCAAAUUUCCUUCCCAGAGGAGCUGGCUGACAAAUCCAGAAGUGUUAGAGAGACUAUGGCGGAGACAGACAACAGCCUUGAAUCCGAAGAAUGGCUGGAGAGUUCAUCAAGAGGAUCCCAAGAACAUAUUUCCCUCCCAAAAGAGAUGGCUGAGCAGGAUGAUCAGAGGAAUGCGGAGGGUGAGGAAUUUCAGCAGCAAUUGCCGAAGACAGUUAAACAUGAAGACCUGGAAGAAAAUGUCAGGAAUCGAGGAAGACCAAAGAGAAAGAAAAGCGACUGUAUUGUUGCGAAGCAAGAUGGAAGAAAGUGUGCUGAACAUUUUCCAAAGUUCAUGAAAAUGAUGCUGAAUAGAUCCAUUCUGUGUGGAAAAUAUUUUAGAAAUAGAUCACAGCUCCUCGUACACAAAAAAAUGCACAGAGGGGAGAAACCCUUUGAAUGCUCAGAGGGUGAAGACAAAUGCGGUCAGAGUGGCACUCUUCAAAAGCAUCAGAGAAGCCACACUGGGGAGAAACCUUUUGAACGCUCAGAAUGUGGAAUGAGAUUCAGUGAGAGGGGGGUUCUUCAAAAGCAUCAGAGAAUGCACACAGGGGAGAAACUUUUUGUAUGCUCAGUGUGCGGAAAGAAAUUCAGUGAGAGGGGGGCUCUUCACAAGCAUCAGAGAACUCACACAGGGGAGAAACCUUUUGAAUGCUCAGAUUGUGGAAAGAGAUUUGGUCAGAAGGUCCACCUUCAAGUGCAUCAGAGAACCCACACUGGGGAGAAACCUUUUGAAUGUUCAGAGUGUGGAAAGGGAUUUAGUGAGAUGGGGACUCUUCGUCGGCAUCAGAGAAUUCACACAGGGGAGAAACCUUUUGAAUGCUCGGAGUGUGGAAAGAGAUUCAGUGAUAGGGGGGUUCUUCAAAAGCAUUACAGAAUCCACACCGGGGAGAAACCUUUUGAAUGCUCAGAUUGUGGAAAGAGAUUUGGUCAGAAUCCCCACCUUCAAGUGCAUCAGAGAACCCACACUGGGGAGAAACCUUUUGAAUGUUCAGAGUGUGGAAAGGGAUUUAGUGAGAGGGGGACUCUUCAAAAGCAUCAGAGAAACCACACUGGGGAGAAACCAUUUGAAUGCUCAGAGUGUGGAAAGAGAUUCAGUGAGAGGGGGGUUCUUCAAAGGCAUCACAGAAUCCACACUGGGGAGAAACCUUUUGAAUGCUCAGAUUGUGGAAAGAGAUUCAGUGAGAAGGGGAUCCUUCAAAAGCAUCAGAGAAUGCACACAGGGGAGAAACCUUUUGAAUGCUUAGAGUGUGGGAAGAGAUUCAGUCUGAGUGGUACUCUUCAAGUGCAUCUCAGAAUCCACACAGGGGAGAAACCUUUUGAAUGCUCAGAUUGUGGAAAGAGAUUCAGUGAGGGGGGAUAUCUUCAAAAGCAUCAGAGAAGGCACACAGGGGAGAAACCUUUUGCAUGCUCAGUGUGUGGAAGGAGAUUUGGUCAGAAUUCCCACCUUCAAGUGCAUCAGAGAACCCACACAGGGGAGAAACCUUUUGAAUGCUCAGAGUGUGGAAAGAGAUUCAGUCGGACUGGUAAUCUUCAAAAGCAUCAAAGAAUUCACACAGGGGAAAAACCUUUUGAAUGCUCAGAGUGUGGAAAGAAAUUCAGUGAGAGGUGGACUCUUCAAGUGCAUCAGAGAACCCACACGAGAGAAACCUUUCGAAUGCUCAGAUUGUGGAAAGAGAUUCAGUGAGAGGGGGAUCCUUCAAAAGCAUCAGAGAACUCACACAGGGGAGAAACCUUUUGUAUGCUCAGUGUGUGGGAAGAGAUUUGGUCAGAAUGGCCAACUUCAAGUGCAUCUGAGAACCCACACUGGGGAGAAACCUUUGAAUUCUCAAGAGUGUUAGAAAAGAUUCAGGUCGAGUGACACACUUCAGCAACAUCUGACCACCCACAGAGGGUGUAAAGAUAGUGGCCUGAGAGCAUGGCAACAUAACUAAGGCUUAUCUGGGUUAUGUUCUAUAAGCUAUACAGUUAUAAUAAAUAAAAAUAUAUUUAGAAGGACAUAGAAAACAGUUAAAAGACAAUGCAAAAAAAGCCCAUCCACAGCAGACCUAGCAAAGAUUUAUUCUUCCAUCAGGCACUCUGGAGCAUAGGGCAAGGAAAGUAUUCUGGCAGCAAGGCGGUAAAGGUGGAGGUUGGGAAGCUAAUCAGCUAACCAAUGGGGAGGGCUUCUGUCGAGUCCCCAGCAGUUCAGCUAACAACACAGGUCAUUGGUAAUAAAUGACUUUAUUGAAACACUGACUUCCAUAGGGCAAGAUGGUUCUUGCGAAAACUUAUUAUGGUGGGCCUAUUGCCCUACUAAUAUAACCCACAAGAUCUGUUAUAUUUUUGAAACACAAAGGCACCAAGCAAACUGACCCUCCCGCCAAAGUUCGGUUCCCACAUCCCUGUUUGCAGGUGGAGACAUAAUCAUCAAAAGACAGUCGACUGACCUUGACUGUCUCAGAGACCAGGCAGAGAAACUUAAGUCAGUUAUACUAUAUAAGGCUAUAGAAUAAGAGGCCUCAAGAAUAUCUUUACGCCUUUGUCACGUUAUUACAUUUCCUUGUGGUCCAGCAUUGUUCUAUUGUUUUGUUGUAUUCUGUAUUAGGAGCCAAUAUGUGUACUCCGUUUUCUGACCUCUGAAGAAGACCCGUCUAGGUCGAAACGUGUCAGGUCAAGUUAAGCGAAGUGGGCUCCCAUUGUGGUUUUAUGAUUGUACAAAGCACAGAGGCUAAUGAUGGCUGAAUGAUGGUUUUAACUUUCUAUAAUAAAUACAUGUAUGUUUGCUUAUGAUUUAUUAUA